GAGAGAGAGAGAGAGAGAGAGAGAGAGAGAGAGAGAGAGAGAGAGAGAGAGAGAGUAAUUGUAGGCAAACAGAAAUAACAAGGAACCGGCACUAAAACACACACACACACACACACACACACACACACACACACACACACACACACACACACACACACACACACACACACACACACACACACACACACACACACACACACACACACACACACACACACACACACACACACACACACACACACAUAUAUCCAUAAUCAUAAACUGGUGGCAGCGGUAGGAUAUUAGUACAUACAUACAUACAUACAUACAUACAUACAUACAUACACACACACACACACAUAAACACACACACACACUCAAAAUUGAGGACCAAGGAAGACCCUCCCCGGCACUCCACCUCGACCUGCAGCAAGUCUCGAGUCCACCUCCACCCUCGACUUCAAACUCACACUCCAGCGAACAAUCCGUGGGGCGAGGUAGAUGUGGAGGAAGAGGCGACGAAAAGACAGCGAGAAGAGGCCGGGCAGUCUUUGUGAGGGGGAGAGGAGGACGAGGAGGAGGAGGAGGAGGAGGAGGAAGAGGGUGCAAGGCGGUGUCCCCAGUCGCUGAAAUGUUUCGUCCAGUGGGUCUUCUAUUGCACUCACAAUCCGUGCCUUGUUUUGGCUCAUACGAGAACAUCAGCCACCUGGACGUGCCCGACUCCGUCUCCAAGAAACGCUUGGUGCAAGGGCGUGAUGGAGGACGAGGAGGAGCUGGAUACAUGAACCUACCUUCCCCUAAUGUAGCAGCAGAGGACAACGAGCAUCAGAACCUCUUCCGGGGGGGUGAAGGGGGGAAGCCUCAGACUCGGACAAUGGAGAGGACGAUGCAGGACCGCCCGCCUCCGCCCUCACUAGGAGACGCGCCCUUGUGCCGCCCAAACUCCUCACUGAUACUGCGAAUUACGACGCCCACGAGACUCCCUCCACGCCUGUUAAUGGAUGUCAAGACUCCAAUGUGACGAGGAACAAGAGAAGGUCGAGCAUCGUGGUGAUUCCCCCGAUGCAGGUGUGUCCAGGUGACCUUCUCGUGUACUCCAAGGUGCUCACUCAGAGGACAAAUCUAAUAGCCGGUGACCUGGAUGGCUCCACGCAAUCCCUCGCUGUCACGGAAGCAGCUUGCGACUGUUUUUCAGAUCCGGUGGGAAACAGGAAGGGAAAAAAUACUUGGUCUUUGCUGAGGCUUUUCGACCGCUCCAACCGCACUAAAUCUGAGUCCCUGUGUGGCCUUGAGGAAGUGUUGAGUUGCCUGCAGCCCAGCGAGUUUGAGGAUGAGCAGCUGUCAAGAUAUAAAGGCAUGUGUUGGACGGACUUCGUGUCGUACAAGGAGGGCGGGCACCAGGGAGACUCGCCCACCAAAGAGGGGGAGGUGACCAGCAGCCCCCCGAUGGUAGCCCUCAACGACCGCGCGCUGCUCAUCACGCCUGCUAAGCCCGAGACGCGGCCCGAGCGGCUGGAGCGCCACGACCAGGUAAUGGCGCUCACCUGCCUAGAUAGCGAUGCGCCGCUCAUGCCCCGCCGCCGCCACCCGAUGACCAUAAUGAGGACGAUGAGUGAACGCUCCCUGGACAGAGGACGCUCUGGCUUCCUAAACAUGCUCAGUGAACGUGUGCAUCACUCUGAACGCGCGUCAAUGAGGGCGUUUAAUAAGUCGUCGGUUCUAAGCGGCAGUCCUUUCAGUAGUUUUAAAAGCUCCAAUAACGCGACCACCGCCACGGCUGCUGCUGCUGCUACUGCCACGACCACUGCCUCCACUACCUCGUCCGUCACCUCGCCCUGCACCACGGAGAUGGCCAGCGUGGAGAGGGCGUUGGAGGCUGCCAGGGAGAAUGUGCGUGCGUCCCUCAACAAGACGGAGACCAAGAGACGAGAGGCGGUAUGGGAUUUGUUCCAGUCUGAGUGCGCGUUCCUCUAUGAUCACCUCAUGGUCCUCAAGAACGUGUACAUGGAGCCGCUCAAGAAGAUCCAGGUGGACGGGUACGCCAUGUUUGCCGAACCUGAGCUGCUAUUUGGCAACCUGGACGAGUUAUGCUGCGUGACGUACGCCUUCUGCAAGGAGUUUAUUAACCUCCUUGAGCAGCAGCAGACACCGGUGGGCCAGCUGGACACGACGAAUGUCCUUGUGAGGCUUUUUCAGAAGGGCAGCAAAGCGGUGAUGUUGUGUCAGGCCUACCACCGCUACGCCCUCAACUAUAUCAACGCCUUGAACUACUUGGAGACCUUACGAAGACAAUUGGAAUUCUGCGAGUUUGAGAAGUGGUGUAACAGGGACCCGCGGUGCAAGAAGCUGCAGCUGACGGACCUGCUGGUGGCGCCCGUGCAGCACAUCAUGAAGGUGCCACUGAUCCUGCGGGACAUCGAGGCCAGGACAGAGGAGCCUCAAGAGCGGGCCGUGGUGCGAGAGAUCAUAGAAGCUGAGGAACAUUCACUUAGGGAACUCGACGACAAGAUGAAGUGGCUGAAAAACUUCGAACGGCUCCUUGAGAUUCAGAGGAACAUCUUCUGGCCGCCUGUCACUGAGCUGGACCCCAAAGUGUACAUCCCGGAGUUCCUCAAGGGCGCUAUUUCUAGACAGCCUUGCGAGCGUCUUAUCGUGUCGCCGCGCCGUCAGAUCAUCCUGGAGGGCUCACUGCACAUGCUGGAUCACAAUAAGCCCCAAGAAAUGUACGUGAUCCUCUUCGAUGACAUGCUGCUCAUCACGAGAAGGAAGAAAGGUCUGCAUAAGAAGAAAUCGUCCCUAACUGAAAAUUGGCCUAGUUCCUGCUCUCGUGCGUCCAGUGGCGGGGACUCAGCGUUAAGGUACAUAGUUUACAAGCAACCACUGUCACUAGAUCGCUUCUUUAUCCACGACGUGACGCCCCACGAAUCUGCCGCGUCCAAGUUGGAGGCAGCCUUCGUGUUGGUCAACCUGAAUCGCUUCCAGCAGAUUGUGACUGUGUGUACCUUCCAAGCGCAGACGGAACAGAUCAAGCAAACGUGGCUGUCAAAACUUCGAGACACCCAGGACAAGUGGAAAAGAACCUUACAGAAUACAGUCUUCAGGUCCCAGCGCCUUCCCUCCUCGGCCACCACGCCGCCGAAGGGCACGCAGCUCCUGAGGGACGCCAGCAUUAACAGAGAGUACCCUUAAGGAAAACGGGAUGCUGGGUGAUAGAAAAUGUGAUGUGUUUCGCCGCUGUGUCUACGUUAUUUUCUCGUCCCCUUUGAAAAUACGUGUGUGUGUGUGUGUGUGUGUGUGUGUGUACUGUUUUCUACUCACAGUGUACACUAUGUAAUUUACGUACACAGGUUUUCGUACGUACAUAUGUACUACUAUAGCGGGUGUAUGUUUGUGUGUGCGUGCGUGCGUGUGUAUGUACAGAUGGCUUUGCGUAUACAUUUCAAGUUCCUGUCGUGUAUACAUAGAAAGAUGGAAAAUUACGAUGAGACAUAUACAUACACAUUUAAGUAUACAUGCUGGGAAUGUGUACAGAGAUCAUGUGUACCACGAAAAAUAUACACAGAGAAUAUACAUACUGUGCAAACUUCUUAUUGUUCAUGUACGUUUAUGUAUACUUGGGUAGGUUACGUAGCCAAGACAUACAGCGUGGCGUCAUGGAGUAUGCCUGACAGUGUAUACAAGAAUUGAAAUAUCGUAUACCUGUAUUGAGAACUGAAGCUUGAAAUACGAAGCUCCGAAUCGUGUUUCAGUUUAAGGUGAAGUGUGUGAAAAAGAUAUUAAGUUUGCGCAUUUGAACUACAACAACAACAACAGCAACAACAGUAACAAUAAUAAGGUGUUGUAAUGGAAAGUUCAAUAAAAGGAUGAUUACUUCCAGAAAAGUGUCGUUUCGCAAAGUUGAAAGCUUCGAAAUAUGAAGUUAAGUUGAUGAAACUGUGAAAGAACCGCGAAUGCAAACGAAGAAAAAAAAAAACUGAAUAGGGAUGGAUGAAAAUACGUGAAAAAUGAUGAAAAGAAUAAGGAGUGAUUUUUUUUCCGGUAUAGAUGAAAGAAGAAAAAGAAAAGUAGAUGAAAAGAAAAAUUUUUACUAUUUUUCUAAAUUAAUAAUAAGCAUUUCGUGAACAAUAUGAAGUUAAGGUCAAAUAAAUAAGGAAGGAAAGGUGAAAGAAAAGAUCAAAUAAAGCUUAAGUGAACUAGACCAAUCUGUAUAAAAAAUAAAUAAAUAAAUAAAUAAUAAAGACAGAGAUGAAGAAAAAAAAUACAUGAAAAAGAUAUAAAAAAAAAAAAAAAAAAGAAAAUAACUAACUUUUGAACUCAAGAAAUUUCCAUGAACGUUUCGUGAGUCAGUUCAGAUCACGCUAUUUAUUCACACUCACUGUUCAUGGUCACUCAUCCUCAUCCUCAUGCUCACCUCCACGCCACCACUGACUUGCCACUAAUGCUCCUGACGCUCAUUACAAUACUUAAGUACACACAUCUUUUUGAUAAAUACACGUAAUACUAACCAUGUGUGUGUGUGUGUGUCAGCGUGUGUGUGUGUGUGUGUGUGUGUGUGUGUCAGCACCAUUCGUGACCUCAUACAAGUCAGGUCAUGCUGUAGAAAAUGUUAGUAAUCUUUAUCCGUUUUCUUUCAUCUGCCUCUUUCUUUUUCAAGGGAAAGGUACGUUUUUUUUUUUUUUGUAAUUUUUUUUGAGGGGGAAGGAAUAUGAUUUAUUCUUCCCUUCCCUCUCCCUUUCCCUUUUCAACGUCCCCGCAUUGAGAGAAAAUAUAUACUCACAAAAUCAGAAUCUCUAUAGAUACUUGAAAAUCUGAUGACCUUGGGAAACGUGAAAAGACGUCCCCGUUCCAGAUUCUUUUUAUGAUAACCCAAGUGAAGUUUUGGAAGGUGUAGAAAAUAACAAAGAAUUAUAUAUAUAUCGAACCUGCUAUUAUACACUACGAGCUUAUAGAAACUUUGAAAACGAAGUGAAAACCUUAUCUCACUGAAUGACAUAAGAUGUGCUAUAUAGAAGUAUAAUAACUGAUAAUAACUGCUUUUUCUUACUUGUAAAUGUGAUAUUCUAUAGUGAACACUUUAUAUAUAGAAACAAAUGGCGUGAAUCUGCUGUACGGAAACUUAUCAUGUAAAAACAGUGACGCGAAGCGAAGGAGAAACAAUUAAGUGUACCCUCUAAUAAACCCAAAGAAAACGUACAUAUCUGAAAGGAAGACUAAACUAAACCUAUUUUCCACACCAGAAGAAAGAAAAUCAGUGUAAAACAAACAAGUCAGACAAGUAAAGGAUAGAUGGACUUCCACUGGCCAGGACAAGAGUCUAUACCACUCAUUCCACUCAUCUCACCUACAACUAACCCCAACAGGCGGGCGGGGGAGAGGGGGCCAUUCCACCUCCACACCCCCGCCCGUUUUAAACAAUGUGAUAUAACCUACACUUUCUACCCUCACUCUCUGCCCUGACUCUCCAAACUCCCACCAGACAGUGUAGUUAACACUGCUCGCUCGUUCCCAUAGAAUUGUAUAUUUUCAAGGAAUAUUUAUAUAUGUUUGUAAACUUAAACCUUCUAAACCUUCUCUAAACUUUCUCUAUAACGUGGAGAGAUUAAAUAAAUUCCUGUGAUUUUUUGUAUUCUAAAAAGACGGAGUUGUAAGUACGUAGUGUGUGAAUGGAGGGAGGGAGGGUGUUGUGCUGUGCCUCCCACCCCCACACCUGUCUACUGGCGGCCUACACCUGUCUGUUACCUGUCCAGCACCCUCCCUCCUCUCCGUUGGCGUUAAAAUAUGUGUUUGUGAAAGGCCGGAAAGAGGAGACUGAAUCUGACGCCUUUCUCGUUCGUUGGUUCGAGUCUCUUGCUUCGAAGCCUCACGGGAUAACUGGGUGUAUGAUUCGUGCGUCGUUCAUAAGAUUCAGAACUCACGAAUGAACCUUAGAUGUGCAGAACAAAGUAGCAACAACAGCAGCACCACAAAAGACAGUUAAGUAAGGCAGUCAUUUCAUUUCCACUAAGGUAAUUUAAGGAGCAAUGCAACACACUUAUCUGCAAUAGUGUAUCCUGCAAUAAUCGUAGUCAUCACUGGCAACACUCUAGAAGGAAAACGGGAACACAGCAAUAUUUUGACGCAAGCAAGGAAGGAGCACGGAGAGAGGAAAACGAGGUGGGAGUCUGUGUGAGCUACGUUUUCUGUUGUCCCUUUCCCAGCGUGACCCAGCGUGAUCUAGGCCGGUCUUGGAGGUCAGGAUGCUUGUGUGUAAGAUCAGGAAGACGAAAAUUUAAGACCAUACGUAUAUUCAGUUGUCUCCGCUUCUUAUCUCAACUUUCAACAGCCUCUAAGGAAAGGCAUUUGGAUUUUUAGGGUCUUUUUUUGUGAUUCUGGUGAUGGGAUGGUGUCUGCUUUGCAUCAUCAGAGAGUAAAAUGCCAAUGAGAGUUUUAUUAAUUUAACUUUGCAAUUUUUUUUUAAUCCAGUUUUCUAUAUAUUGUUUUAUCCUAAUUUUUAUCAGCUUUUAUCAUCAUUUAAGGCAUAAGUUACAGUGGAAGACUAAAGAUAUAAGGAAAAAGCUAAUGCAUAUAUAUUGUAAAAAGCGAAAAACAAGGAAAACUUUGAAAUAAAAUAAAUAAAAAGGACUAGAAAAUGUAUACACGUUCAGAAACUCUUUUACGUUGAAGACUGACUUAUUAAACAAGCUUGGAGGGAAGUACCAGAAGUGCAUUAGAGAAGGAGUGUUUUUUCAGAGUACCGGGAUCAAUAACUUGGCAAUAAGGGAGACACUAUGGUACUGAAGUAGAAAGAAGAGGCGGUGGAGAUUCCUUGAAAGAAUAUACACAGAAAACGGAGGAUAAACACGGAGCGAUAAAAGACGAUGAGAUUCCUUGAUUAAACGUACCAGACAAGCUUUGCAGGAAAUAUUACAAGUGUGUCAGAGGGAAGCAGUUUUUUUUUCUUUUUUUUCUUUCCUUUUUUUUUCAGAGCACCAUGACCAGUAACAGUUGCUCAUAAAGUGAACGUAAUGUGCUGAGAAGUAUGAGGCAGAAUCACGGGGAGGAUGAUCUGCCUUGAUUAAAUGGAGGAAAACGUACCAGAUAAAAUAAAUAGGAAGUAUUAGAACCGUGUCAGAAGAAAGAAGCGUUUUAUUAUUUUUAUCAUUAUUUAUUUUAUUUUAUUUUUUUAAGCAUCAUAACCACCGCUGGCAAUAAGAGCAACCUGAUAUACUGAAGUCACAGGAAGGAGAGGCAGCGGAGAGACAUUGAUUAAACUAAGAAAAAGCAUUCCUGACAAUAUCUGAGGGAAGCAUUAGAAGCGUACCAGAGAACUUGAGUAUUUUUUCUAACUAUAAGAGGAACAUGGGGUGCCGAAAUAGGACACUUAUGGACUACCUUAAGCCUACCUAACUACUGUAACCAACCCCUGAUGAAAGUACACGUUAUGUCCUCUGCCCGUUCAUUGGCUUAGUGUCAUUGUGUUUUACGGUGUGUUUGUUAUAACUGUCAAUUAUACACGCAGGAUUCAACAUUUAAUUUCAGGAACUCCUUCAUUCACCCCACUUUCUUUUUCGUCCCGCGGGUUAAAGUUUCAAGAUGGCGGACCUCUAAGGCUGAGCUGCGUGCAUGUAAGGGUCACACCAGCUGGGGAAUAAGGCAAAUAUAGUUCUUAAAGUUGUCAUAUAGAAAAUAUCCUGUAUUUUCAUUUAUUUUUUUUUAUUUUUUCAUUUUUUUUCUACUUUUAGAAAUACUUUUGAUUCACGCAGACUUUAUUAUUAUUCAAAAUGCUGUUAAUAGUAUUUUCAUCCAUAUUUACUAAGUUAGAUAACCAUUCUAAAUUAUAUAUAUGAAUGUUACAUAUCAUUAUUAUCAUUAUUAUUAUUAUCGAUACGCUGCUUACCUGUGAAUCUUGUGGCACGUGUUUUCCAGGUAAAUUCCCAGAUAUUUCCAGACACAGACUCCAUCUCGCGCCCCUCAGGUGUGCUCCAUCUUAGUCUUUUCCAAGCCGCGUGUGAACUUGAGGUAACCAGGUGUUAAACUUACCUGGUGAAGUGCUUACCUUGUGUGUGUGUGUGUGUGUGUGUGUGUGUGUGUGUGUGUGUGUAGAUGAGACAGGUAAAUUUGUCAUUAUGUUCACAAGAGCGUAUUGGCUAUGUGUGUGUGUGUGUGUGUGUGUGUGUGUGUGUGUGUGUGUGUGUGUGUGUGUGUGUGUGUGUGUGUAAGGGUGUGUGUACAUAUACUACUGUUAGAGCUGUUUUUUGUACUGUAUGUGUGUAAAAGAAAAAUAUAUAUGAAUAUAUAAUGUAUUUUCUAUAUAGAUGAGUGGCGAGGGUGGUCAAGAUGGGAGACUUACUGUGUGUGUGUGUGUGUGUGUGUGUGUGUGUGUGUGUGUGUGUGUGUGUCACGUUCAUCAUUCCAUUACUUAUAUAAUUUUUUCCUUCAUAAUAUUUUUUUCUUUUUUCAACGAGUUUCAUGAUAAAGUAAAAAGAAAAGUAAUUAUGUUCUAUAUCUAUUAAGAAACAUAACAUUCAUACAUACAGAGAUACAUAAUUAUAUCCAUACAUUUAUAUAUGCAUACAUACAUACAUACAUACAUACAUACAUUCAUACAUACAUACAUACAUAUUUUAAUAAAGUUAUACACACAAUCAACUAAGAAUAGAUCAAACAUUCUCUACCUCAACAUUCAACCUUCAUUGCUUCACCUUUAAUUGCUGGUAUUCCACUUAAUUGCUUUAUAGUCAGCUAGUUUUGAUAAUUACACAAUUUUAUCUGUUUGUUGAAUUAUCACUAAUUUUUCGAGUCAUUGAAUUCAGAAAUGUAUGUUAUUUAUGUUAUCUUUUCUUUCUCUCUUUCUCUCUCUAUUGUGUAUAUAUUUCAUCAGCAAUCUUCAUCUUUAACAGAAUUUACAUUUAUAUUUACAUUCCACACAUUUUUCUGCUUCUUUUUCUUUAUCUUGACUUCUUUCCUGAUUGUUUCCUUUUUUCCUUUUUUUUUUUUUCUUUACGUUUUCUAUUUUGGUCCUCACAGAUGCGCUACUCAGUUCCCCUUUGACAUUUGACCUCGCCUCCCUCCUCCAGCCGUGACCUUCUGGGGAGACAGGUCACUGGUGGACUGAGGGAGGGGGCCCUUCCUCCCCACCCACUUACCUGACCACCCUCGCCCCUACCCCCCCCCCCUUGGAUACCCUCGUUGUUAUGGAUCCGUGUUUUUUUUUUCCCAGAGAGAGAGAGAGAGAGAGAGAGAGAGAGAGAGAAAGAGAGAGAGAGAGAGAGUUAUUCAGAGAUCAUAUUUAUUUGUAAGAUAGAUAGAGAAAGCACUAUUAAUGUUAUAAAAGAGGACCAAAAAAUUUAUCGAAAGGAGAACACGAGAGAAAAGGAAGAAGAACCAAAGAGAAUAGAGGAGGAGCGAAAGUAAACAAGAAAUAAGGAGAAACAAGGUAAAUAAACAACAGUGAGGGAGAAAAAAAGGAGAGACAGAAGAAUAAGAAGAAGAAGAAGAAGAAGAAGAAGAAGAAGAAGAAGAAGAAGAAGAAAUCAACAAGAGGGGAGGACGUUAAAGAGAAUGAGAGAACGAGAGAAAAAAAAAAAAAAAAAAGGAAAAUGGAGUAAUACACUUUCUUUUUAUUUCCAACCGGUCGCUUCUCAGAUCUGGUGCAAAAGUCCCAGAAUCCUCGAAUUGCGGCUUAAUGUAAUUUGUGCGUACGAGUGAGACUGGAGUGAAGUAUAUAACAGUUACCUGUGAGACUCGCCGCAUUUGCCUCCACGUGUAGAAAAUGGGAAUCUGCUGUAAGAGAGAGAGAGAGAGAGAGAGUGGGAUUUGAUUACGUACGUAUGUUCGUUUUCCGUGUAUUUGUAUGUGUUUUUUGGUCAUUGUGGUGCGUAUUUUUUUUUUUUUCGUCCUUUUUUAGUAAGGUUUUUGUUUAUAUAACUUGCCGAUGUGUAUACUUUUUUGUUACUAGGUUUCAUACAAUUUUAGUUCACUUCCUUCUUUUCUCUAAUCUUUAGUUUAGGCAUUCGUCAUUUUAUUGUACUUUCUAGAAUUGUUAUAUAGCCUUUCCUUUUUUCUUCUUUCUUUUAUUUUCUUUCUUUCAUGCUUGCCUUCUUUUGGACAGUAAUUAUUAAAAAUCUAAUCCAUUUCUUCUAUAGACAAGCUUUAUGUUAACGUUCUAUGUCGUAUAAGCUAAAACACCAAGCAGAGAAAUGUCACUAGAUACGUUCAAAUUAAGACAAAAUAUACAUCUAGAUCAAGGAAUUUAAGUCACACAUUUGAGGAACACUUUAGUCUCAAAUUCAAUGAUAAAUAAGAUUAAGACAUUACUUUUAGGCCAAUCUACAAGGGAAAUUAAAACGAGAUUAGAUUAAGCAACACAGAAAACGGAGGAAUAUGUAAGAGAGACUUGUGUAAUCCCGUAGGAGCGAGGACAGUCCUGUUACCUGAACCUUGGGACUAGAUCAGCAGGUGACAAUGGGCCGUCUUGACGCUGCUAAUUAGACACCUGUGAAUUGGUGAGCUGAAAGGCAGGUGUGAGAGUGCAGGUGUUUAUUAAUCCCGUUUUAGGUGAGAAAUGUGACUUGGAAUGAUAACAAUUAGUAAUGCGAUCAGUUUAUUGCUAUUUUUUCAGUUAGUUUCGCUCAUUCCCAGUUAAUUUUUUAUUCAACUAUUUUUUGUCUCUUAUCAGGUAGUUUUGUUCGUUCAGUUUCCAUUAGUAUUCGCUCAGUUAUCACUUACUUUCGCCACCUUGUUUACAAUUACUUUAAGUUGUUUUUUUCAGUUAUUUUACGUCAUAUUUUAGUUGUUUUUCCUGUCAGUUUCCAGUUAUUUUCGUUCACUUUCUCGUAAUAUUUGUUGCCUCCAGUUAUCUCCGUUCAGUUCGAUGUUACUUUAAUGUGUCAUGUCUGUUUGUGGAAACGCAUAACAAUUGGAUGAUUUAUUUAACCAGUUUAUUUAUUUAUUUCAUCUUAUUUUACCAUUAUUAGUCUUACGUAUCUGAAUUUAUUGUAUAGAAGUAAGACAGGUUCAUGUACACGCAGAGAGAGGCUUAACACAGAGGUUUAAAGGCGAAGUUACCAUCCAAAGUAAUGAUUGUGAGAACCUUACUGUUAUGUUCGAGGUAAUAAAUAAUAAUAAUAAUAAUAAUAAUAAUAAUAAUAAUAAUAAUAAUAAUAAUAAUAGUAAUAAUAAUGAAUGGCCUAAGCUUAAUUAAAUGACUGAAAGGUGCCAAACUAUGCCUGAGUAAUUUUUGGGCGAUGAAUGUAACUACUGUUUAUACAUUGUACAAAUAAAUGUCUUACGAAAAGCUCUA